AGAAGAAAAAAAACUCAGAGUGGGGAAAAUCGUUUUGGACGGUCAUCCAACUCGGAAUUCCAACUCGGGAAUUCUGGCCUCUUUCUAGAACUCCAACUUUCCGACCUUACGAUCACCGACGUUUUCUGAGUUCCCAGUUGCCUUAAAAGCACCACAGUCAGUACUUUGACAGCGCGACGGUUUGUCCUCGGAGAACAGACUUUUCGCUGUUGCCUUUAAAAUACCAAAAACAAGAUGCUCUCUUACAUCAUUGGGCUCAUUCGAAGCAGUAUCGACAACAUCAUCAACCUCAUCCUGAGCCUCUUCCUCUCAAAGAAGAAACCUGCCAUCACCCUAGAGGACCCCAACAUCAAAUAUGCAUUAAAGCUGAUAGAUAAAGAGAUCAUCAGUCAUGACACAAGGAAAUUCCGUUUUGUCUUGCGGGAGAAGGAUCAUGUCCUUGGGCUUCCCAUUGGGCAACACAUAUUCCUGUCUGCCAAGCCGGACGGAGUCCUGGUGGUCCGACCGUACACACCUGUGUCUAGUGAUGACGACGUAGGCUUCGUAGACCUGGUAGUCAAGAUUUACUACAAGAACGUUAAUCCAAAGUUUCCUGAAGGUGGGAAGAUGAGUCAGUACUUGGAGAGCCUCCGGAUUGGCGACACCAUUGAUUUCAGAGGGCCCAGCGGCCUGCUGGUCUACCUAGGAAACGGGGCUUUUGCCAUCAAGGCAGAAAAAAAGGCGGAGCCUGUAAUCAAAACCGCCAAGCAAGUGGGCAUGAUCGCAGGAGGGACCGGAAUCACUCCCAUGCUGCAGAUCAUCACAGCUAUAAUGAAGGAUCCCCAGGACCAGACUGUGUGUCACCUGCUCUUCGCCAACCAGACUGAGAAAGACAUCUUGCUUCGACCUGAGUUGGAGGAGAUCGCAGCAAAUCACCCAACCCGAUUCAAGCUGUGGUUCACCCUGGACAGAGCGCCUGAGGAGUGGGAGUACAGCCAAGGCUUCAUCAGUGAGGACAUGGUGAGGGACCACCUUCCACCCCCCGGAGACGACACUCUCAUCCUCCUGUGCGGACCCCCUCCCAUGAUCCAGUUUGCCUGCAACCCCAACCUGGACAAAGUGGGCCACGCCAGCAGCCGGAGGUUCACCUUUUAAAGGCCACCCCAGGCGAGGGGUUAAAGAGGGGUUCCCCAGGGCUCAAUGAUCCGCUACACCCAACAUUUAUUAAAACGCUCUUGCAUCAGCGCUUGAUCAUCUAUUGAAAUAAUUUCACUCAUCCUACAGCAGAAUUGGUGUGGACCAUUUUCUGUAAUUUGGUGUGCCUCAAUUUCCAAAACCGAAUCCUGAAAUGAGUGGUGUCCAAAGCAUUUUCUGUUGAUCAGUGAUUUCUGAUUAAAAGGAUUAUAUUUCUGAAUUUAA